ACUCUCCAUCUAAAAGACACCAUAGCAAAACUAAACACAGAAAGGUAAAGAAGAUCAAGAGGAGUGCCCAUCGCCAAGGAAAAGGAAUUAAUUUUGAUGAUUUCAGGAAGAGCAGCAGUCAUAGUGCGGAGAGCCUGGGCCAAGCAGAGUCCGGUUCUUGGAAUAAAGACAGCACUUGGUCUGGGUCCAAGUCCAGCUCUUGACACCAGGACCAUCCACACGAGUCGGACCUGGACCAUGGCAUCUGGACCAGUGGAGAGUAGCAUCAGGGACAAGCUCAUGCAGAAAUUUCAACCCUCUCAUUUGGAAGUCAUCAAUGAGAGUAACAUGCACAAUGUCCCACGAGGAUCGGAGACACAUUUCAAGGUCGUGGUGGUCUCGGAGGCCUUCGAUAACGAGAGUUUGAUAACGCGCCAUCGCCUGGUGAAUGAGGUCCUAAAGACGGAGCUUGAUGGGCCUGUACAUGCUCUAUCAAUACAGGCUAAGACCCCGUCCCAGUGGUCAAGCAAUGCAACGGUCACCAAGUCCCCUCCUUGUCUGGGAGGAAUGGCCAGAGAACAGCGAGAUCAUCAGGGUACCUGACCCCGGACACCUCGCCACCCGGACAGAAGGAUUACUAUGAUAUUGCAUUCUCCUAGAGGCAUGCUGUCUGCUCAUCCCUUCGUCCCGUUUUCAAUCUUGUGGUUACUAUUCAAAGAACGAUUCACAGAUCAUAUUCAUCGACCUCCUACAUGUACUUUGGUCAUGUAUAAAUAUUUGAGUGAUAAAGCUCUGAUUAGACAUGGGUCACCAGGUCAAAGGUCAAGUUGCAGAGGUCAUUAUAUGAAUAUAUCGUGUUAUGCAAUAUGAAGGAUCAUUUCUGUUGAUCACCGCCAAACCUCGCACAAGUAUGCAUAUGGGAGAAGGGAUGGUUUAUUUUGGGUCAAUUAAUUAACUUCAUAUGACAAAGGUCAAAUGUCAUAGAGAUGAUAUUCUGUACAUGAGUAUGAUAUUUUCUUGCAAUAAAUGGACAACCAUUUGAUGGAUCAACUUCAGAUUUAGCUCUCGUUUGCAUACUGUAUGGGAGUGACAGUGGUCCGAUCUUAUUUGGGGGUCACAAGUUACUAAAUAGGUCCAGUAGGUAUAUUAGAAUUAUAAUUGAUUUACACAUGAAUUUUGGAUUGGUGAUCUCACUAGAUUUUGCUCUAGAAAUUUUUAAAAGUACAGUGUGCAAUAUACUUCAUAUCUUCCAUGAUGGAUGCAUUGAUUUACAUGUGAACUGCUCAGAGUCGAGAAUCCAUCCAGUUCACCGCAUCAUGGAAACUUACUAUGGUGCAACAUUUGCAUCAUAUAUGUAUAUUUAAACAUUGUAGGCAUCUUUUGAUUGGUCAGUUGCAAUCACAUGACUUUGUACAAUUCUUUUCUACAUUAUGGACUCCCUUAAUUCUCCUGGUUCACUGCAGCAUCAAACUGUGAAUAAGUUUUAAAAUGGGGCUGACAAGAUAUCAGUUAUACUUUAUUAUGAUAUUGUGAUAUCAUUUCAAUCCAAGGAAUUGGGUAUUUAUGUCUAUCAACAUAUGAAGCAAGUUAAUUCUCUUAUGGUAUUGCCCAGCCCCUCUGCAUUGAAUAUUAAAUUUGAAAUAAUUUAAUGCUUAUAGGAAAAACAUGGAAAUCCCCUCAUUGAAUUUGUAAUUUAACAAUUUCAAGAUACACACAUGACAUCUCUUAUUAAAUAUAACUUUGAAACUCUAUUAAUAUCUUUUAAUGAAUAGUUAACAGACCGUAUGUUUAUCUUUUCAACUAACUUGAAGUCAGGGGUUUACUUCCCUUUGAAUUAGAAAUCCCUUGCUUUCAGUAAAUAGAUUGUGGCUCUAAGGCCCAAAUUCACAAAGGUGGUUUCGUUUGAAACUAUGGUUUUUGAAAAACCGCGGUUUCUAAAACCUGUGAUUCACAAACGAUGGUUUCUAAAACCCACGUUUUAAACCAUGAUCUCAAAUGAAACCACGGUUUCAACAGUGGCUCAAAUGAAGGAAUCAUGGAAGCGACAACGCAUCAUUGCCAAGAAGGAGUAUGGCAAGUACAGGAGAAAAUUAUUACAAACCGACGGAGGUCCACCACCAUCUCCCCUCAAAGCAACAACCAUAAUCCUCAAUGAGAUUCUUCCAUAUGAUUUCAAACAGCUACAAAAUCUGUAUGACGAUGAUGUAAUUCUCCAAAAUGACCAGGCCAUAUCAGCCCAGCAAUGUACCAAAAUACUGUACUGUGAUUGGUCAAUGUGCCUAAAAAUCAUGGUUUUUGUAAAACCCACAGUUUGAAACCACCUGAAACAUUCGACUCAGAAUCAUGCCGAAAAACCUUCGGGGGAAAACCAUGGUUUCAUUUGAAACCACCUUUGUGAAUCGCAAAAUCAGUAAAACCCACAAUUGAAAUCAUGGUGCCGUUUGAAACCACCUUUGUGAAUUCAGGCUGAAAUGUCUACUGUCAAUUUAGUUUCAUCCCAAAUAAAACUUGUGAUUUGAAAAUGAGACAAAUUUGAAAAUAAAUAAGCUGAAGAAGGGGUGUAUUUGAGACCCUACAUUUUAUUGAAUAUUGUGUUAAGAUGGUACAAACAUUGGAUUGAAGUACAUUUUAUAGAAUAAGAAUGUAAAUUUAAGGCAAGCCUACCCCAACUCGUUGAUAUUAUUAAAGUUCGAAUG